CACAAUAAGAGCGGCCAUCUUUACCCACAGCAGCAACUGCUACUCCAGUAAAGAAAGAAAAUAAGUGCCCUGUCGGAGUUGUAUUGUAUUCUAGACGUGUGGGAACACGUUUCAAUUGGAAGCCAAACGAGCGGAACCAUGACCUAGUGAUCUUUAUAAGGAGCGCUGUGUCACAAAGCAUCCUUCUCUUUUGACAGGUAAAUCAUCUGCAAGGACCGAUUAGAAUUAAAGAGUGUAGUCCGAGAUUCCCGCCAGUCGUCUGUACCACUGUGGUAGUGUCCUGGGACAGAUCCUUGCCUCUCCCCCUGAGGAGACAUGGAGCCCCAGGAGAGUCUGGGAGUGGAGGGUGACUCGGGUGCACUGGGGGUGCUGGUGCCGAGCCCACGGAGCGAAGCGGUGACCCAUGACCUGGAGGAAUUGUCUCUGCAGCCCACUCAGAGCCUUCUACCCAUUAAAGAGCGCAAGAAUGUGCUUCAGUUAAGACUACUGCAGAGGCGCACACGCGAGCAGCUCGCAGACCAGGGCAUCAUGCCACCCCUGAAGACACCUGCAGCUUUUCACGGGCAGGUCAGAAGUCUGGAGAGAGCAAGAACUGAGAAUUUCCUGAAGCAUAAAAUCCACAGCAGACCUGACCGCUCUGAACUUGUUCGUAUGCACAUUUUACAAGAAACCCACGCAGAGCCUUCUUUGCAAGCCACUCAGAUGAAACUAAAGAGGGCGCGUCUAGCAGAUGACCUCAAUGAGAAGCUUGCACAGAGGCCUGGACCAAUGGAACUGGUGGAGAAGAAAAUUCUGCCUGUUGACAUUGUUGGAGAACAGGAUGUUUAUAACUUCAAUGAGGACAGCAGUGAAGCUCUGUCUCCAGAGCAGCCAGCUAGUCAUGAGUCUCAAGGCUCUGUAUCUUCUCCUGUAGAAGCCAGACUGCCUGAACCAUCCUCUGUUUCACCUCCAACUGGCUCCAAACUCCAGAGUUCAGACUUCCUGAACAGAACAUCAGUAGAAGAUGGCCGAGUAAUGACUUCCACUCAGACAGUCACUGCUGCUGCUCCCACAAAGCCUGGACCCACCCUUGUGAAGCAAAGCCAGCCCAAACAGUCCAGUGACAAGAGCCGAAGCAAGAAGAGUAAAGAACCCAAACCGCGAAUUAAGAAGCUCAAGUAUCACCAGUACAUCCCACCCGACCAGAAGCAGGAACCCAAUGAAGCCCCGAUGGACUCGGCAUAUGCCAGGCUGCUUCAGCAACAGCAGCAGUUCCUGCAGCUCCAGAUUCUCAAUCAUCAGCAACAGCAUUACAAUUACCAGGCCAUAUUACCAGCACCACUCAAGCCAGUAGCUGAGAGUCAGAACAGCUGCCCCAACAUCACAUUGAGCACCAGCCCGAGUCUUCCCGCUCCCAUUGUGGUAUCUCUGCCCAAUGCGGCUCCUUCACGUGCCAACAACACUUUGACCGGUCGUAAAACCGGGUCUCUGCCUACCAACCUAGAUGAGAUGAAGGUGGCUGAGCUUAAGAUGGAGUUGAAAUUGCGAGGACUUCCUGUAUCCGGCACCAAAACAGAUCUCAUAGAAAGGCUUAAGGCCCACCAGGAGAGCUCUCAAUCUGCUACAACCAUGGAUACAAACAUCUCCAAAGCUUCUCUGCAGCCUGACAGCAUGAACACAACUCCACCCGUUUCUCCUGAGGCCUCCAACAUCAGUAUGAAGAACAGCAGAGACAGUCCCACCAAAGCUCUAUUUACAUUGUCUCCAGCCCGUCCACCAACAGGCACCUCACCCCUCAAACCCGCACCUGAAGACAUGACCAUGGACAUCAAGGUGUCCGAAAAAGACCAGCGGCUUCACGAGAAGGAGCGCCAGAUUGAGGAACUCAUGCUUAAGCUGGAGCAGGAGCAGCGGCUGGUGGAGGAGCUGAAGAUGCAGCUGGAGGUGGAGAAGAGGAGUCAGCAGGGCGGAGGGCCUGAACCCAAUCUAUCAGUCCAGGUCAAAGAGGAGAACGGAUCCUCCCCGAGCUGCAACUCCAAGCAGAGUCCCCUGCGGCAAACUACAGGUGUGAAACAGGAAGAGCCACAUGCCCAGCAGCACCACACCCCAGUCCAGCAGUUCUAUAUCAACACACAGCAAGUCCCUCAAGUGCUGCAUCAGCAGACACUGACCAACACUCAGCCUGCCGCACAAAUCCUGCUGCCCAUCAGCCUGCCCAACAAUCCCAUCAGCACACAGGCGCAGACCGUUCUCCAACAAACAAUGCCCAGUUUGGCUCAAAGCAUCAUACAAACACCACUUCUGCAAACACAGACGUCCAACAACACAAUGUUACAACAGCAUUCAAAUCAGACGGCAUCUCCACCUCAAGCUUUACCCCUGUGUGGAAGCUUAUCUUCUGGGUUUGAGUACAGACAGAACCAGAGCCAGCCCAUGGCAGAAAUGCCCCAGUGCUUCCUCAACAACUCGCCCAGACACACAAAUGGACCUACUAACAAACCUCCCUCGCCCUGUCAGCUCAACUAUAUCCUUCAGCCAUCAAAGUUCCCCAAUCACCGCAGCCCAAAGAGCAAAGACCCACCCCGUUACGAGGAGGCUGUCAAACAGACCAGAGGUCUGCAAGCCACAAUGCAGGUUCCUACUGCUACCAGUCAGCACAUGGACGAUUUGUUUGACGUUUUGAUCGAGAGUGGAGAAAUAUCCCCUCUAUCCAGGCAGGAUCCUUCUCUGGACAAACUACUUCCAGUGACAGCAAACAUCACCACCUUGCCGAUCAACACAGUGCUGUCUCGUCCUCCACCGCAGAUACACGUUGCCCGCACGCCCAACCAAACCCAAGUGCCUCCACCCAACAUGGUAGCCCUGGCCUCCGAUAACCAGUUGGAGGCCCUGCUGGAGGACGCUGAGCCACGGACCCUGAGACUGAUGGAGGAGCUUAAAAACCAGCUGCUGGAGCGGUCCCACUCCCCAAUGGACACUUCAGAUCUGACCUUCACCGACACGCCGCCUUCUGCCCUCCCUCUGCAAGACGCAGGCCUCGACAACAUGGAGUGGUUGGACCUUACGAUUCCAGGUCCUGCUGGUAUCUCCUCACCGACUGCAGUCUUUUCAUCUGAUUUCUUGGACUCCACUGAUUUACAGUUACACUGGGACUGAGCUCACAAAGGGAUGGAGAUUGGAGACGUUCUGAAAAGAUUUGCGGAUCUGUGUGCAAACCACUGAUAGUGUAGCAUCAGCUUUUCUCAGUUGCACCUAUACGUGCAGGUUUGUGUGCCGUUAUUGUCACCAACACCUAUUUCAAAGCAGAAGAAGAAUGUAGAGACACUUUUUUUCACCUGUAUAUUUAGGCAGUGAGCUUCUGCUUUUCAUAUUUUGAAGCAGUCUUUGAAACUGCUGGCCUAUGUUAUAGAGAAUGUUAGAAUGUUGUUGUUUUUUUAGAUUCUGAUAAGUAUAAUUUCUUACCUAAGACGGAACAUAUUUUAAAUGUAUCAUAUAUUUUGGGGAAAGCAAGGAUUACAAGUACAAUCAUAGUGCCUUUGCUGUUUGCGUUGUCCAGAAACUCUGUAGUUUUAGAGUUAAAGGGAUAGUAAGUUCAAAAAAGUAUUGUUCUCAUUCCAAGCUCGUAUCUUUCUUUCUUUCUGAACUCGAAAGAAAAUGUUUUGAAUCUCGUUCAGCUGUUUUUUCCAUUGGGAUCCAAAACUUUCAAACUCCAAAAAGGACAUAAAGGUAGCAUAAAAUUAAUCCAUAUGACUUGACUGGUAUAUUCAAAGCUUUCAGAAGCAGCACAAUUAGUUUCUAUGUUAAACAGAUCAAACUUUAUUUACUCAAAGUCUUUAUUAACUCUCAAAACAUUAAGCAGUGCAUACAGAGACUAAGUUAAAUUUGGCUUCAAGAAUUUUUUUUUAUAUAUAUAUUUCUGAUUCUUUUUCAGUAACAUGUUUCACUCAGACAUGUCACAACACAAAAGACUUGCAUUUAAUCACAACUUUAAAUGUCAGACCCCACUGUAUGUCAUGUACCCAAUCAACAUAAAGGCUUAAAAACUGCAUAUCAUACAAAAUGAUUCAUAUGGAUUCAUUUCAUGCUACCUUUAUGUCCGUAUUGAAGCUUGAAAGUUUUGGACCCCAUUAACUUGAUGGUAUUAACAAAAAUCAGCUGAAACGUUCUAUAAAAUAUCUUCUUUUGUGUUGUUGAAGAAAAAAAGCCAUUUGAGUUUGGAAAAAAACAUAAUGACUUAUAAUUUUGGGGUUAACUAUCCUUUUAACUAGGAACCUGUUUAUUGGCUCACUUACAUUCAACUGCCAUGGUCAAUGAGCUGUUAACUGUUGUGUUAGGGUACUCGAAAUUGUGGCAGCUAAAUAAUAACAUUCAAUUUCUAAACAUUCGAAAUCAUCCAGUGCAUAGACUGGGAAAGGUCAGAGUGAGGUUGUUUACCAAACCCAGCAUGAGGCCAAAGAGAGGGAGGGAGAGAGGCACACAAACGCCUGACUAGGGGCCAUUAUUAUCCCUAUCAAAAGAGUAGAUAGAGUGGACAGGGUUCAGCUCUUACAGUCUGAACUGACAGUGUUGCGUGUCUUGACCAGGGAAACAAGGCUAAACAGGACCUGUGAAAUUUUCAUAUUCAGAUCAGAAUGACAAAAGAGAGCAGCUGCAUUUUGAUUGGUCAGGCUCUUUACUGCAGUACAUAUGUGUUUUUUGGACGUAGAUGAACUGAAAUUCACUGUAUUUCACAGAGUCUGAGCUUCUUUCUUCAUAACCACUGAAAUGCAGGUAGCUGGCAGGUAAUUUGCCUUUGUUAAUGUACCUAAACCUCACCUUCUCAGUUAUUUGUAAAAA